AUGGGUCAAGAAGCUGCGAGACACUACGACGAACACGCUAACAUGUCCGAUGUGGAGUCGCUUGCUGGUCGCUUUUUGGGGUCCUUUAUGAAGAUUCUGAACGGGGCCAUCGAGUCAAUCUCACCCACGAUACGUCUAUUCGUUACGCAGCAGAUGUUCGAGCCCAUCCUCCGCCAAAAGGUCGCUGAAGAGGGCGGUGAUCUUCGGUUUCCUUCCGGAUUGAUUGAUUUUCAGCAAGACGCAGACGGUGUGACUGCCCUCGUGAGAAAUACAGAGACCGGCCGAAAAACCAUCAUUAGAUCAAGCCACGGCCUCCUUUCACAUUCGAUUACCAUUUACUUCGAUUUGGUCGUUGGUAAAUAUGUGAAAGGCAAGUAUAACGGUGUGAUCUAUGUCAAUAAUGACACCGUGCGAGGUUUCUUUCGCAUCGACAAGAGUGGACCGGAGGGCUUUCUCGUUAUUAACACUGCGGGAGAGCGUGGCACCGAACGGAGUAGAUAUCCUGACGAUGACCUCACCGACGAGGGUGCCCAAGAAAUGCUCCGCGCUGCUGUUGGCAACGACAAUGACUUCAAAAUCACGCUCAUCUCCCCAUGGCGGGCUGUCUGUGAUAACGCCGAAAGAUACCCCCAAGGACGUUUUCUACUCGUUGGCGAUGCGGCCGCAACCGUGACGCCAAUGGCGGCGUUUCUGCAGACAGCCAUAAUCGAAGAGCCGGUGAGUGCCAAUUCAUCCCCUGGCUCUAUUGCACGCCACAUCAUAGUCAAUGUCCCAGGCCAUGCGAACAACAUUCCCAUUGCAGAUCUUUUCGGUCAUGCGUUUGUUCUCCUCACGGGUUCCGAGGGUCAAGAGUGGGCCUCGGCUGCUACUCGCCUCAGAUCGGAGACUACGUUGCCCGAAAUUCGAGUGUACAGCGUUUCCAGUGAUCUCUUUUGCACGAAGUACUGCAUAACUGCAUCUGGAGCUGUCCUCAUACGCCCCGACGGCCUCGUAGCCUGGCGAGAGCGUCAUGCCGCCAUGCAAUGGUCGUACCUGACCCGAGCACCACGCUUCGGGCGAAUCUUGUACUUCGAGCCUGUCGCGGCAACGCAGAAGAAUACUCCAAAGGCCAAGGUGGAGGCAUUUUUGUGGACCAGCGCAUUACACGUCAGAGAAAAAGCUGUCAAAGCAGAAAUAGGUGAGCUAAGGGGGAGGUUGGAGCAGCUGGACGAGCAUCUAAAGGAUUUGAGGUGCUUGGAAGAGCUGCAGAAUGAGAUGGCCCUGCUGGCCAUGAAGACGGUGUUGUGGGCAGAGAAGCCUCCAGAGUAUCCUACGUCCGACUGCCAAGGCGCAAGCAAGAACUGA